UACCAAGUCAGAAUGUUUAUGCGUUCAUGCUUGUAAAGAAAGUCAGUGAAAUACUUUGUUGUAAUCGCGUCAAAAUGCCUAAUAAUAAGAAGUUUCUUCGAUCGAAGGGUAAAAAACGAACGUUUCAUGGGAAUCGUUAUGUUAAAGUCGACAAUUUAGUUGAUUCUCAGUCUUCUGAAACUGAGAAAGUAGAUGAAACAAGUACGACUACUUUGUCAAGUGAAGUGGCAUCUACGAGCGCAUCAGAAAUCAGAUCCUUGCCUGCCUCAAAAAGAAAACUUCAUUCUGAUGUUUCAAGUGAGGAUGACAAGGGUGUAUCUGAUGGAUUUCGCCUGAUAGAUAUAUCUAUUCUGAUGUCGAUUUUUAGCACAUUUCUGUGCCCAAAAUGUAAGUCUGGUCACGUCGUAAUGGAAGAAGACACAUCGGCAAAAAUGGGACUUGUUUCUCAACUGUCAUUCAAAUGUUCGGCUCGAAUGUGCACAUAUUCCAAAGUUUUUUAUACGUCAAGUCGUGUGAAAAAUUCUAAAGCAUUUGAAGCAAACAGAAGGUCUGUGUUGGCGAUGAGCAAAAAUUGGCGUAGGUCAUCAAGGGCUUGUGAAAUUUUGUGGCGUAAUGAAUAUGCUGUCACCCAUGAAUGCCAACUCAUACAAUGACCAUGUGAUGGCUAUCCAUGUAGCUGCUGAAGUGGUUGCAAAAAACAGUAUGAAACAUGCUGCUGAGGAGCUAAAGCAGUUCUAUGAACCAGAAGAUGGAUUGUAUGAUGUUGGCAUUUCAGUUGAUGGGACAUGGCGACGAAGAGGAUAUUCAUCUUCCUAUGGUGUUGUAACUGGCAUAUCAUUGGUAACUGGGAAAGUGCUAGAUAUCGAGGUUAUGUCGAAAGAAUGCCGGGAGUGUAUGGGCUGGAGCAGCAAGCAAGGUACUGAGGAAUUUGUGCACUGGUGGGAAGAGCAUCAGCACAGUUGCCAUGCAAAUUUUGAAGGCUCAUCUGGUGCAAUGGAAGCUGCUGGAUGUUUACAAAUUUUUCAACGAUCAGUUGAGCAAUAUGCUUUGGGGUAUGUCGAUUUUCUUGGUGAUGGUGAUAGCAAGGCUUACAAUGAAAUCAAAGAAGCUUCGGUAUAUGGUGAAAAACCAGUAACUAAACUUGAAUGUGUUGGUCAUGUGCAGAAAAGAAUGGGGUCAAGACUUCGCUCAUUGAAAAAACAAUUUGGAAGUACUCGCCCAAGUGAUGGAAAAAGCAUUGGGGGGAAGGGUCAUCUAACGGACAAAGUUAUUGAUAACUUACAGGUAUAUUAUGGUAAGGCAAUGAGAAACAAUUCCCACAGCAUGGAAAGGAUGAAGAAUGCUAUAUGGGCAAUAUGGCACCACACUAAGUCAACUGAUGCUAACCCAGACCACAAUCUUUGCCCUAAAGGAGAAAGCAGUUGGUGUGGGUAUCAGAGAGACAUUGUAAAGAAUACCCAAGAGUAUUCUCACAGUCAUCCACUGCCAGAAGCUGUUUCACAGUGUAUAUUGCCAGUUUUCACAGAUCUGAGCAAAAGUCAUCUGCUGUCUUCCUGUCUCCAUGGUGGCACACAAAACCAAAAUGAGGCAUUCAAUGCUUUGAUUUGGCAGCGUGGAUCAAUUUUUUUAAAGAUCUGGCUGAAGAAGGAACUGUAGACCUUACCAUUCCUUUCAUGUGGAAUGCCUUU